AAAUUAAAAUCUUAUCCAACAUAAAUAUAACUUAAUUUAGUUUUACAAAGGUACAUAAAAAAUCAUUUAAUAUAUGUGAUAGACUGAAAAAUUAAAUACUAGUAGAUUCUUACUUAAUUUUCUUUUAACGCAAUAAUUGCAUACCUUUCUCAAUUAAAGUAUGACUAUAUAACACGCAUAACACAAAACACAAAUAAAAAUAUUUGAUGAUACGAAAUGAAACAUUUGUAUAUGUCUAUUUCGUUUUUGAUGGUUUCUCUCAUGUUAACAAGCGCGAGAGCUGAUCUUAUAAAUGAUGUUUGCUCAAAAACACAAAAACCCGCCACAUGUUUAUCAGCUCUAAAAGGGGAUUCUCGAUCUAGAGGUGCAAAUCUUGAAGGCCUUGCGACUAUCUCAAUAGACAUAUCGCUAAAGAACAUGCAGUCCACGCAUGAUCUUGUUGAUACAUUGCUUAAACAGGCUACAGAUCCAAAACUAAAGACACGAUAUAGUUCGUGUUUGGAGAAUUACAAUGACGGUAUUGAUGAUCUUAGAGGAUUGCCUGGUUUUUUAAAAUCUAAAGACUAUGCUGGUUUGAAUAUUCAUGCAUCUGCUGCUUUCGAUGAUUCUUCUACGUGUGAUGAUAAUUUUUCAGAUCCACCUGCUGAACCACCCCAAUUGAAAGCUGCUAGUGACAAGCUUCAAGGACUUAUUGAUAUAAUUUUGGUUAUUAGCAAUCUACUAAAAGGAAAUAAUACUAUAUAGGAUAUUGCAAUGACUUGAAAGUUAUAUGAAACACCCUUAAUUAAAAUAUAAAAAAGAAUAUUGAAAAGG